AUGCAUUCGAAGACCUCCCGAGAAGUCUCCCUCCGGUCUUCAGAAAUUCGCAAUUUUUUCCGCACCACAGUCUCGAAAGAAGUUGUUACCCAGUUCCUUUGCGACAUUGAAAUAGAGGUCGAUAGGAUUCAAACGGACAUAUAUGCCCUGGAGAACAGACGCGAUAGAUUGAAGGGGAUGGCGAGGCUCUAUCGUUCUCUGCUGUCUCCAAUCUACACCAUACCACAGGAGAUCUUGACGAGGAUAUUUACGUUUUGUUGCCAAGAGAACGUGUUGUCACCAUUGUCUGCCCCCGAGGUCAUCCAAAUCUCAAUGGUUUGUGGUCGUUGGCGAGAUAUCGUUUUCUCUUCGCCAGCUUUAUGGUCUUCUAUCACCAUCGAUUUUGGUGAAUGGCACGACCAGUCUGACAUAUUGGACCGACUAGUAAACCGUUUCCUACGAAAUUCCCAAGAAGCCCCGUUGCAUCUCUUACUGGAUUUUCCUGGCGUAGAGUUAGGUGAACCGGGGGAGGAAGUGGUUGUGGAUGCGCAGGCGGAACCCAUAACAACGGAGGCUAUAGACCCUCAAAGUCACACACUAGCAAAACUGGUCGGAGUUUGCGAGCGAUGGCGGGAGGUGUCCUUCGCCAUUGUCAAUGAACCAUUCUUCUCCUUUGACAUCCUUCGCCCGGUUUGCGGCCGCCUCCAUGCAUUGGAAUCCCUUACGUUGCGAGUCUAUGAUGCGAUGGAGAGUGAGAGUGAUUGGCAAAAGUCGUUCUUGGAACUUCUAGAUCACUGUCCUUCUUUGCGGUCGCUUUGCAUAUCUGACCCAUACCUGUUGGAACCCGGAAACAUGGGUUUCGCUUGGCAUAAAAUCACAACUCUACAUCUUCUCCAUGGGUAUAACGUCCAAGCCUUCCCCGUUAUAGCCCUUUGUCGUGAAGUUGAGCGUCUAGAGUUAUCUGCGGUUGGUGGCCUUUCCCAUAAUGAUGAAGACUAUAUGGGCCACGUCGAUUCUGAACGGAUCACAUCCCUAGCUAUCAAACGAAUGGAAGGGCCUGAACAUCUAGAUGAUGUCCUUCGACAUCUGACUCUUAAAAAUCUGUCCUCUGUCAAGAUCUGUGGAGAGACAGAGAUGGAUUGGAUUACCUGGGAUAAUUGUCACUUCCAUGACUUUCUUCUUCGGUCGGGUUGUGCAAUUACUUCCCUACAUCUGCAGGCUUUUCCUGUCAGCGAUCUGCAGACAAUUUCUCUAUUGAAAAUGACGCCCACGCUUGAAUCUCUCUGUAUUGUGGAGUCCUCUGGGCAAUGUAAUAACAGGAUUGUUACCCGAAGGUUCCUUAAAGCCAUCGCCAUCAGCACAUGGUUUACUUCACCUUCGUUUGUUCCGCCGUUGCCUCGCCUUACCAGGUUAAAGUUGGUUGCACAAUCGAACGAUAUCGAUCCUCGUUGUUUGCUUCGGUUGUUGUCGUCACGAUGGCUUCCUAAACCAAUAGAUGCCGCAGAGGUUGGAAUUGAAUGUCUGAGAGUUGUCGAAAUCGUGGUUCUUACGGGUUUGGAUGAUUUGAAGGAAAAGCCACUAGAUUGUUUGCGUUGCUUCAGAAAUGCAGGCAUGCGGUUGUCCGUGACUUACGGGAAGGCCUCAGAAUUUUAUGAAGAUGGUCGUUGA